GAGCGUGGCCGGGCACCGCCUUUCCCCCCCCUCGGCUUGACCCAGGCCUGCCAGCGCGGCCCCGGCCGCCGAGCGGCGCCAGGCGGCUGAGGCGGGGCUGCGGCGGCGUUUCCCGCCCUCUCCCCUUCGCUUCGUCCCUCAGCGGCUGCGCGGCGGGCUCCGGGCCACGUCCAUGUCCAUGUCCAUGUCCAUGUCCAUGUCCGGGGAGGCAGCGGGGCCGCCGGUGAAGGUGCUGGCGGCCCAGCUGCGGGGCGCCGUGCGGGGCGCCGACGGGAUGUGGGCGCUGGGCCUGGCGGAGGCGGGCCGGGUACCGCUGCGCCUGCGGGCGGCGUGGAUGCAGGGCACCGUGCUGGAGGUGGCGCGGGGCGGUGCCGCCGGCGGCUCGGCCCGGCUGAGGGACGCGAGCGGCGCCUUCACCGUGCUGGGGGUGGAGGCCGUGCCCCAGGGGCGGCCGUGCCUCAGCGCAGGGAAGUACGUGAUGGUGAUGGGCGUGGUGCGGUCCUGCAGCCCCGAGCCUGUACUGCGAGCAAUAAAGAUGACGGAUCUUUCUGAAAAUCCGGUGCAUGAGAAUAUGUGGAGCCUCGAAGUGGAGGAUUUACACAGAGUCAUCCCCUAGAUAUUUCUUGUGCCUAAAGACGUGGAAAUAUAAGUACAUGUAUUGGUGCACUGCGCUGGGCCAUUCUGGCUAUUUGUGAUUUCAAACAACACACUUGGAGUAUAACAAGACUUGGGGUUUUUUUGGCAGGGGCUUGGAUUUUGUUGGGCUCAGAUUUAAGUUGAGGGAAAUGUGCAUAUGUGAUAGUAAUCAUGGUGCUUGUUUCUUUCACAGUCUUGUACCAACAGAGUAAACUACAUUUAUCUGAGAAACACUUGAUGCUCUUGGAAGUGUUGUUAUGAAUGCGACAUGUUUCUGCUAUUGUUAGCCGUUGUUUCUAGGAGCACGUGCCUAGGCAGGCGUUCCCAGUGAUGCGUUUCAUGUUACCAGGGUGAGCUUGAUACGUGGAAUGAAAGCAGAAGCUGUUAUAGACCAUUUAGAUGUGUCUGGAAAUAGCAUCUUGCUCUGUGUUUUCUCUUUCAGUAAUAACCAUGCCAGUAAACUUUACUUGUAAGAAAGAUGUCUCUUUCUAACUAAGCAUAAUCUUGUACUUAAAUACCUUUCUGGUUUCUGUGUUUCUGAAAUAGUGAAAGUGGUACAGUAAUAACCCGUGUGUUCCAGUGAAGUGAAAUUAACUCAAAAGAUGUGAUGCAGAAUUCCUUGGAAUAGGUUCUCCAGGUUCAAAAUGUAAAUACUUUCACCACCUUGUGAAAACUUGUUCUUAAGCGCAUUUGUCUGUUUGAAGGUUUCCUUUCUUGUUCAAGUGUAUGCUAUUUUUAGGUAUUUUUCUAGUUACGUUUAUCUAUCGUUCCUCCUGAAAAAAAUGCUAAAUCAAAUCAAAAACCCUUAAAAAGCACUCUCUGAAAAAUAUUACUAUUUCCCAUCUUGUCUAAAGAGAAUUUGAGUCCUAAAGAAAGCAUUGCGUUAUCCAUAUGGUGUAGGUUUGUGGUUUGGGACUGUAUUGUCCAGCAAUUGGGUUUUGUUAAUUAACAUUUCCUCUGCAUAUACGAAAGAAAGAUAAGGGGAUGACUCGAAAGAAAGUGAUACGAAAGAAAAGGAUGAUACGAAAGAAAGAAAGGGGAUGACUCUCAUCUACAAGACGAGAGUCAUCCCCUAGAUACUUCUUGUGCCUAAAUUACUGGAAAUAUAAGUACAUGUAUUGGUGCACCGUGUUCAAGACGAGAACACGGUGGUUGGUAAUAAAUACAUUUUAAAGCUGCAAA